GCAGCUCGGUGGGCGUCUAGCCGCAAAUCGCGCAUGCUCCAACCGCGGCGCCCCCGACUCCGCGCUCGGCUGGAUUCGGGUAUUUCCGCCUCUUUGUUUUAAACUCCGGACAGGUUUUUUUCCUCCUCCUCUUGCGGGGGACCCGGAGGGAGCGGCGCCCCCUCCCCCUCCCGGCGCGGCCUCCGCGUGCACCCCGCUCGCCAGCAACCCGAGACCGCAGGCUUCACCAUGUAGCAGGCUCCAGGCUGUCAUUCUCAGAAAAUGGACAGAGAGCAGGGUCCAAGAGGACGGUGCAGCUGUGGGCCGGAGUGUGGAGUGAGGCAGGAGCAUUGCGCUGGAGUGGUGGCCUGAAGCCCCCAUGCCCCCGCAGAGGGACGGACAGGCAGACGUCUAGAGGAGGAGCCAAAGAUGCUGACCAGGAAGGUCAGGCUGUGGGACAUCAACGCCCACAUCACCUGCCGCCUGUGCAGCGGGUACCUCAUCGACGCAACCACGGUGACGGAGUGUCUGCACACGUUCUGCCGGAGUUGCCUGGUGAAGUAUUUGGAAGAGAAUAACACCUGCCCAACCUGUCGGAUCGUGAUCCACCAGAGCCACCCGCUGCAGUACAUCGGUCAUGACAGAACCAUGCAGGACAUUGUUUACAAGUUGGUACCAGGCCUCCAGGAAGCGGAGAUGAGAAAGCAGAGAGAAUUCUACCACAAACUGGGCAUGGAGGUGCCUGGUGACGUCAAGGGAGAGGCCUGCUCUGCAAAGCAGCACGUGGACCCCCACCGUAACGGUGAAACCAAAGCAGACGACAGUUCAAACAAAGAGGCCGCGGAGGAGAAACCGGAGGAGGACCAUGACUACCACAGGAGUGACGAGCAGGUGAGCAUCUGUCUGGAGUGCAACAGCAGCAAACUGCGGGGGCUGAAACGGAAGUGGAUCCGCUGCUCUGCUCAGGCCACUGUGUUGCACCUGAAGAAGUUCAUCGCCAAGAAGCUUAACCUCUCAUCCUUCAAUGAGCUGGACAUCUUAUGCAAUGAGGAGAUUCUGGGCAAGGACCACACACUCAAGUUCGUGGUUGUCACGAGGUGGAGAUUCAAGAAAGCACCCCUGCUGCUGCACUACAGACCCAAGAUGGACUUGCUGUGAGGCACCAGACUCAGCCCUUGCACCCCCAGGUGUCCUGCGUGAGGUCUUCACAGCCAUGCACAUCAGAAUGUUGCCUCUGAGUGUUGUGUGGACCAGACUUCUGAAUAGAGAAUAUUUAUAACUUUUGUAUGAGAGAAUUCACACUCAACGAGACAACUACCAGCACCACGUUUACAGAGGAUGAAAACACUUCACAGUGGCAUGUAGCCAAGUAAUGCGCUUCUGUUUGCUUCAGAUUCACAACCGGUGUAACAGCUGUAGCGCGGCCUGGUUUGAAAGUCACCUUGACACAGAUCACUUUUGCUUGCUUUCCAGGUCUUGAAAAUCUGAGUUCAUUUCAGUUUAGUUUGUGAAUUAGAUUUUAUGAUAAGCCUCAAAAAUACUUGUGCUUUUAUGGAAUCCUUCCUAAGUUAUUGAAAAAAUAUCAUUUCAUGGUGAAUGAUGAUAUUUAUGUUGCCUUUGGCUUCCUAAAGACUUAAAAGAUAUAUAAAAGUUUAAUUUAAAAGCAUACCAAAAGAAGUUUCCAUUAAUACCAUGAUUUAACCACAAUAUUUAAUUUUCACCUUAUAAAACACAACAAAGGCCACAGCCGCGAAGUCAUCACCUUUAUGUUGUUUGGCACUGUGGGCCAGUCAGUGUGUGGGCUCUGUGGGACAGACACUCAACCACAGCCAAACAGGGGGUAGGGGGUCACCACGCCUGGCGAUUUCUGACACAUGGGGUAUACCACAGGCAGUUUGACCAACUCAAGUUUGGUUUGCAAAACAAUUCUUGUUUUUAAAAAGUACUUAUUAAAAAGGGCACAAAUUGUUGAUUUCCUACUUACUCUUUCCCAUUUUCAUUUUGCCUAAGAGAAAAGUAGUGGUGUCUGUGGUGGCUCCUUCCUGCAAGGCCCAUCAGAUGAAGCUUGGGGUAUCUGGUGCCCGGGGACAGUGUGCUGGUAACAGCAUCAGGAUUGUGCACGCCGUGCACCAUGCUCACUGCAGAUGAGUCGUUUCCAUGGUUCUCUCUCCACCCUCGCCCUGUUGGUGGAAGUAGCUUACAGACCGUGGCAGUUGUUAGUAGAAGGCAUUUGAACUUGUGGGCAGGGCAGGCAGGCUAGGGGGUCAGAGGGCAGCCCCUGUCAGCCCCUCUCCUCACAGACUUAGUAUUUUUGUCAAAUUAGGGAAUGACCUCUUUGCAGCACAUGAACAUUUUUUCCCUUAAAACAGUAACUUGGAGUGUAGAAAGGCAAGAAUGAGGAGAAAGGAGCCAUUUUUCUGGAGCAGCCUUCAUUGUAAUCUCCACUAAAAUAUUCCUAUUGGUUUCUUGCUGGAUAUUGAGCCUCCUUCCUCCCUCCCACCUUCCAGGCCCCAGUGUUAACUGGCCACCAGCCAGGUUUCCAUGAAGUAUUUCACCUUAGAGACAAGAAUUUUUUCUUAUAUUUUCUUUGGAAGUUAUGUUCGUCUCAUCAACACACAGUUGUUUGUUCUCUUCUGUCUCCCGUUAGAUGUGGGGUGUCAGAGCCAGCUCCCGAAGACCCAGCCGCAGGGAUGAGAAAACGAACAUUUGGGUUUAUUCUGUCCAUGUGCUUUGUAUUGUGUGAGGCCUUUUUAACACAUAAAAGCAAAUUCUUUGUUAGGAAUUGGUCAAAAUUCACUUCUUUAUUUAAAACCAUAACUCCCAGGACUGUUUGGAUUAUUCAGUUACCUAAGCUUGCUGUUCAUACAAAUCAUGUUUUAGGGUUCUGCAAGGGUUUGUGAGUAGAUGUGUAUGAGUAAAUAUUACCUGUCUACCUCAAAAUAUACAUACUGCUGAAGCAUUCUGCAAAACCAUAUCAUCACAGUGCAGUUCUAAGAGUAACGUUAGAAUUUAGGUAUUUUCCUAUGUGGUAAAAUUAAGGAAGGAUUUAAACAGUUAUAAGCCUCCAAAUUCAGAUAAAAUUAAUUCACAGUCCAGAUUAAAUUUAGUAUCACUGUAAUAAUCUCAUAAUAUAUAUUUGUAACUUUGUAGCUAUCUUUGAAAUCACUUGACUUUGCUAUGGUGCUAAGUUGAUACAUUUAAAUAUACAGAGAGAUAGGGAUAAAUUGAAGCCAGUAUCAACGUCUCCAGCUGGUUGUGACCCUGCUUUUGUAAUUGUGUUAACCUGAUAAAACCUCAGCAGCAAAAGUACCUAUUUUUCUAAGAUUUCAUCAUGCAGACUGUCUCACUGCAGGACAAUUUCCUUGGUGACCUUCUGCCUCUUUGGUCUGACUUCAUAGCCUUAUGUGGUUCAGAGACAGGAGCAUAAUGAGCCUCCGUCAUUAUGAGAAGCUUCCAGCGGUCUCAUUUCAUUUCUGUCAAGCUCUCAUUUAACAUCAAAGGCUGAAUUUUAUUUUUUCCAGCAUGAAAGCCAGGAUCAGUUAAUGACUGGAUCCUGUUAAGUUGUUUAACAGAUGGUGUUACUGUGAAGUAGUUUUCACAACUAUUUAUGCUGGUGAAACAAAUGCUGUUAAAUUACCUUAGGCAUCAUUUUCAAUAGAAUGGGCCUAAUUGUCCAGAAUGUGGUCUCACUUGACACCGUUUUCAUGAAAAUAAAAAAGUCAAAUAGAAUAUAUAAUAAUAAAUUUAAGAUUUGGGGGGUUGAAAAAGAAAACAUAACUUUAUAAAAUUAUUUAUUCUAUUUUAUGCCUUCUAUCAUAUUUUCCCAUCCAGUUGUUUGGUUUCAGUGAUCCAGCUUUAUUUACAGGCAUAUAAAAUGAAAUUGUGAGAUGUUUUGCAAGCUUCGUUUUAUUUUGAGUAGCUUUUAAUUUGUAUGUUUUGUUUUAUAUGGAUGACAAGCAUCUUUUAUGCUUUUGUGCAAUAGGUUCCAACAUGCAUUUAUUAGACAUCUGUUUAAAUUAUAAUGUAGCAUUUUACUCUGCUAAAUUGAAAGGGAAUACAGGUAGAAUUUCAAAAUACGUGCAUUCAGCUAUUUGG